CCCUUCUGAUUCACAGACUUGGGAGCUGAUCAGGAAUAUAAGCGAACACUUUGACGUCAGAGCUGAGAUUUUUCAGCAGACCCAAUGGGGCAAGAAUAUUAAGUGCAAGUCAAAGGCAGCUAUCUGCCAGCAUUAUUAGCAAUGUUAACCAAGGAGUGAGACUUAACAAGGACUGCAAGGACUAGCACAAAGGGACAGAGCUGGAGACGGAGGAGAUCAGAAAGCAAUGCUUCACCAGCCCGCAGUCUCCAUUAUGGAUCACCUGCUGCAUCUUCACAAUGAUUCUUCCGGCAGGAUGUUUCACCACCAGCAUGACCCCUGGGACACAAACUCUUCCACCGUCACCACUUCUGACCUCUCCCCUGAUGAGUCCGUCAAUCCGUGGGACAUCAUCCUCUGUGUGACAGGGACAGUCAUGGCUUGUGAGAAUGCCAUAGUCAUAGCUAUUCUCUUCUAUACACCCUCUCUGCGUGCCCCUAUGUUCAUACUUAUUGGCAGCCUGGCACUGGCUGAUCUUCUGGCUGGCCUGGGACUCAUUGUGAAUUUCAUAGUGAUUUAUGUGUUUAACAGUGAAUUGGCCACCCUGAGCUCUACUGGACUACUGCUAGCUGCUUUCUCAGCCUCUGUGUGCAGCCUGUUGGCCAUUACAUUGGAUAGAUAUCUGUCUCUCUACAAUGCUCUCACCUACCACACAGAGAGGACUUUGACCUUCACGUAUACUAUGUUGAUCUUACUUUGGGCCUUAUGUAUCUGCAUUGGUCUGUUACCCAUCAUGGGGUGGAACUGUGUCAGGGAACCAUCAUCCUGCAGUGUCCUGAGGCCAGUCACCAAGAACAAUGCGGCGGUGCUGGCGGUCUCGUUCCUCUUGCUUUUUGCCUUGAUGAUGCAGCUGUACCUACAGAUCUGCAGGAUCGCUUUCCGACAUGCCCAACAGAUUGCUGUGCAACACCAAUUCAUGGCCACAUCCCAAGCUUCCAGUACCAGGAAGGGGGUUUCAACAUUGUCCCUUAUACUGGGCACCUUUGCACUUUGUUGGAUUCCAUUUGCUGUUUAUUCCCUGAUAGCAGAUUCAAGCUAUCCCAUGACAUACACCUACUGCUUGGUGUUGCCAGCGGCUUGCAAUUCUGUUAUCAACCCCAUCAUAUAUGCCUUCAGGAACCCUGAUAUUCAGAAGUCACUGUGGCUGGCUUGCUGUGGCUGUAUACCACCCAGAUUCUUGUCUGGGCCCAGAACUUCCAGUGACGUAUAAGAUUCCGGGACUGUGUGUUUGGAGAGGGACUUAUGACUUGCCAAGUUUGGGGAGGGGUGGGAAUAUAAAAAAGAUGUCAAACUAUUGUUUUAUUUUUGCAAUUGAUAAAUUAUUUAUUGCUUUAAGAUGUAAGGAUAUUUAAAGAAGCACUUAACUGUUUGGUCUGAUUUUCCCAAGGAUUAUUGGGUCUGGGAGAGAACGUCUCAUUAAUGAGAACCCCCAUUCCUAAGCUGAUUUUGUAGCUGCUAUUCCUUAUGUUGCCAGAGAUGGACAUUUACCCUUCCAUUUCAUUUUGGUAGCAAAUAGUUUACUAGACUGGGCCACUAAAGUGGUAACUGUCUUUGCUCUUUUGCCUCACCAUGCCUCAAAAUAGGCCCUGGCAUUCCAAGUAUGCAGAGGCCCAAACAGCCCCCCACCAGCCCAAUAAAUAGUGAG